AUGCUCGCUACAAAUAACUUACCGUUCUCGUUGAUGGACACUGUUAUCCCUUUAGCUAAAGACAUUUUCACAGACUCUGAGAUCGUAAGCAAAUUGGCAGUACGACGAACUAAAGCCUCACAUUGUAUAAAAAAUGCUUUAGGCAACAACUUGGCUAAUAUUGUGUUUGAUGCACUUAGAGUUCCUGGCGCUUUGUUCUCCAUAAUUAUGGAUGAAACUACAGACUGUAGUACUAUUAAACAGCUUGGGUUCACAGUUAUUUAUUUUAAUGUUAAAAGCAACAAAGUUGAGACCCAUUUUUUUGAUAUGAUAGAGGUCAAAUCCGGAGAUACCAUAUCUUUAGUGAAGUAUUUAACAAAUGUGAUAGAAUCAAAAGAAAUACCACUAUCGAAUCUAAACAGAUACUACGAACGUAAUGAUUGGAGAGCACAACUCAGUGUUUUCUCAUUUGAUAGCCGCAUUACCUAG